CUCAAAACAGUUUAUUUUUCUUCCAGUAUUGUAAUAUUGCAUAUGUUGAGUUUAUUAGAUGAUCUCUCACUCAUUUUAAAUCCUUCUACAAGAUAUUUACUACUAAGAAUAGCAGCUUAAUUCAUCGUUAAUUUAACGUUACAAAAUUAAUAAACUGUGAUUUAUAAAUCACUCCGGACAUUGAAGUAUCUAUCAAUUUAAAAAGGAGUUCAUCAGUGGCAUGUAAAGAUUUGGCAAGGUUGGAAUAAAACGUGUGACAUUAGAUAGAUCUUAUACUGUGAUAUUAUAGAUAUUGUUUCUAUUAGAAGACAGUAACACCUGGAAAUCAAAAAGGGCGUGUCUUUGGAGCUUUUUACAGGAAUGUGAAAGAUAUUAAACUUUAAAAAAUUAAACAUUUUCAACAUAAUCAAUUGAUAUAAAAUUAUCAGACGGAGAUAAAUCAAAGAUGGAGGGUGUUUAUAUUACCAUGUUUCUUACAUCAGUCUUGAUUAAAGUGAUCAAUGCAGAAAUUAUUCAACUACCACCAUUUUCUCAGAUGAAAAAGUAUUAUCCUGGAUUCUACAACUUUGGAGGAUCUUGCAGAAACCAUGAAAUCAUCGCACUUCUUGGAAUAGAAGAUAGAGAAAGUAUGCUUCUCCACGAUACCACCGCUCUGCGGCUAUCAUAUACUCUAAACAAGAUCGGGAACCAACAUUCAUUAGGAAAUGACGUAAUCAGACUUUCUAAAAAUGGAACCGAUAGUGUUUCCGGUAAAGACGGCCUUCAGUACAUAUUUCAUCCUUUAGCCUUUGGACCAUAUCUUGCAGACAAAUACGGCUAUCCUACAGUGACAAAGAUGCAUUUGUUUGAUUCUGUUAAAACAAAAGCAAGUUUUAGUAACAAACAAGGGAUAAUGCGUAUAAUAACUUACACUCAACAUGACAAUAAACCUAAAGGUCACUUAGUACUGUGGGAUUGCAAUGGCGUCUACCAGUCACGUGAUUUCUUCUACGGCCAUACACUGUUAUCAGUAGAGUUCUGGGAAUCACCAGAUACAAACUGCAGCGAUCGGCAACAUGUUGAAACAAACGAUAACGACAAAGACGAAGUAGACUCAUAUAUUCUAUCAGUGUUAAAAGAAUCACGACACGAGUCCAGACGCCGAAGACACUGCUUACAACAUGGAUGAUGUCGCAACACGUGUUCGCCGCCAUAUUUGGGAUUGUGCAAUGUGAUAAAACAUAAAUAAAAUGUGCCCCAUGUAACAUAUGCAGGUUCCAUGUGUGUAAUAUGUAUGUUUCAAGUGAAAACAGUUAAGACAUAUAAGGAACUAGUGGGUAUCAACCGGUGUUUGCGCUUGAUAAGACGUAGCAAUCUGUGAAAGAACUUACCGCAACAUUGACGUACCUUGGUAAUUGUCUCUUUAAGACAUUUACUGGUUCGUAUGAAAAGAGCAGGAAGACACAGCAUGUUUAUUUUGUGUACAAAAUUAAAGCGAUGUUAAAGCAAAUGAUGAUAAACAAUGGUUAGAGUAAGAAUGAAAGUAUGCCACGGUCAUUAGUAACAGAAUUUGAUGUGAAUGCACAUCAUGUUGAGAGAGUCUGUUUCGUUGAGGAAAAUACAGGUUAAGAGAUGUGUUUGACGGUUCAGACUGCGAGAUAGAAAGACAUUUUGUAUCAUAUCUGUGACAUAGCAAGGUACCUUGUGGAUAUUAAUAUAUUUAUAUCAUUACCAAAGGUAGUUUGUAAAUGAAUAUUUUGAGAAGAGAUCUAUUAACGAAGUUCUGAAUGCAAUUUAAUCUGAGUUCCCAGAUAAAUUCUAAAAACAGUUAUGUAUGUCUUGAUAAUGUUGUAAUUCCUUUCUGUUUGUAAAACCCUUUAUAUACAUCGAAUUUAUUUGAAUAUGAAAAUAAAAGAAAG